AUGGAAAAUAUUAUAAACUUAGUAAUUAAUGCUCUAUCAAAAUUGUUGUUAGCAAAAGUUUCUUCUUCUCAAAUAACAAUAGAAGAUGCUAUUGGAAAUGUAUCCAAGGCCUCUUUAUUCCACUGGUCUGUUAAUAAAAACUCAGAUGAGAUUAUGCAACAGACUGUCCAAGAUUCAGACCUAAUAAUGCAUCUAUUAAAGCCUUACCCUAGUUUAUAUCAUUCGCAUGAAAACUCUAAAAGGGUUGGAUACAAAAAUCAUACCAAUAUCUCUAAAUCGAAAAAGAGAAAAAGAGAUGUUAGUCCUUAUAAUAUAAAGAAAAAUUCAAGAAAGCAUAUAAAGAAAAAUUCAAGAAAGCGUAUAAAAAAACACUCCUCAAAUUCUAAUAAUGUAAUGAGUGGCCUAGAUUCUCAAUAUGUCAAGCAAACUUAUCCGGGUCUACUUGAUCUAAUGCCUCUCUCUGACCUUCGAACCUUUGCAUAUAGCAUUUUAAAAAAUCUUAAUGAUGAAAUCAUCAGAGAUAAAGAAUUUACGGAGCUUGAUACAUGCUCAGAAUGUGAUAAAAAAAUUCUUAUACACAACUACGAACCAUUGACAAUCCUCUCAUGUGGUCAUGUAUACCACAGAUAUUGUGUUGAAAAAUUUUUACUUACGAAAGAAAAUAAAUGCCCUAGUUGUGAUAAGGUCAUUGAGCCUAAAAUAUCGUUAGAAACACCAAUUAAUUCUCCCAAUCUUAGUAGUAAAAAGCGAGGUAGUGAUUCUACAGAAAAAUUCUCUAGUAAAAAAAUUCAGCCAGUUAAUAGGGAUAGUUCACCAACUUUAAAGAAGUUAAUUAAAGAAUUGACUACUCCAAUUUCCAGGCAAAUUUCAUCAGAAAACAUUAUUACUUUACAGUCAGAUAUUUCUGAAAUGAACAUAGAUUCAGUUAAUUUUCGCGAAUUAAAUGAAAAGAUUAUCAAAGCUGAAGAUAAUAAUCAAAAAAACAAUCAAGACGUAAUACGUUCAUAUUAUUAUUUCGGAAAAGGAUAUAAUUUAUGGUAUGAUUUUUACAGGCAAUCUAAUAAUGAGGACGCGUCUAAUGCUUUAGUUAAUGAUAAAAUCCGAGAGCAUAUUCCUGAUCAAGAUAAAAUUACUGAGACUAACCUUCGAAAAAGAAAAGAAAGGGCUAAAAAAGUUUUCAAACUUUUCAAUAGUAUUGGCGGCGAAAAAAUAAUAGAUCGUGUUAAAUCUUUUUUUGCAUCAAAUAUUUCAAAUCUAAGUCUAGACGAUAUUGAUUAUGUAAUAGCAAAGGUUUUAAAAGCAUCAUCUGAUUAA